AUGCCGAUUGUCCUCUUCCCCAAGAAGGACAAGCCUCAGCUGGUCAGGGGAUUCUCGCCGAAGGUUGUUCGACUGAAUGUUCGCAUCGAUGAGGAUGUUGAGGAGGCCUCGCUGGCCAACAUCUCGCGGUCGGGGCUUUUAGCUCUGUCAAAUGAUGUUUCUACAAACGAUCAUGUCACCAAGCUCGACUUCAGGCACGUGUGCUUCGGUCCUGAAGAAGCCGUCAUUUUGGCCAAAGGCUUGUCAACCAAUCGAGUUAUUCUGGACCUGAACCUCCAGCACAACAAUUUGUCUGAUGCUGGCGUGGGAGCGGUUGCAGAAGCCCUGAUUCAGCAGGGUGUGCUCGAAGUCCUCACGCUGGAUGCUAAUGGCAUUGGGGACACGGGUGCUGCAGCGAUAGCUGAGUUCGUGUCCUCUUCUCGCACCUUAAAGGAGCUCAGACUUUUUGACAACCACAUCCUGAAGGAUGGGGGUGCCGCUAUCGGGAGCGCAGUCGAGAAGUGCCCAACGUUAAGGCAUUUAGAUCUUGGUUUGAACGAAAUUGGAGAUCCUGGAGCCGUUGCUUUGGCUAAGGCUUUGUGCAACCACAGCAGGGUAUCCAAACUCAGUGUGCGUGCCAACGGAAUCACCAGCAUCGGGGGCAAGGCAAUCGCCAAGGUGCGCUACCGGGUCAGCAUGAUGCGAGACACACGAAGGGAUGGACUUGACACUCGCUUCAGCUGGGCAAGAGGAACUUCUUUGGGCUUGAGAUGGCUUUAG